CAUACUGGAGCUCUGCCUGCCUGACUUUCUUGUUCUGGAGGAUCUGCAUUGAAUUUUCCCUUCUGGGCUACUUUCUAGAGCAACUGGUUGUUGUCUCAGAGAUCAUCAAGGUGACUAACAGGGACCCCCAAGUCUGAAAACAGCAAAUAUGACUGCAGCAGUGAAUAACUGUUAACCGAAAGGAUUUAUUUAGAAGACAGACAAGAUGCCUUUUGAAGGGUUUAGUUCACUGAAAGACAGAUUUUUGAAACCAGGGAAGGAAGACGUGAAGACCACUGUUAGUGACUCUCUGGGGAAUCUGCAAAGAAAAAUUGAUGGAACCAACACAGAAGAAGACCACAUUGAAUUGACUGAAGAGGGAAGGCCUGUGCUGGCAACCACUCACAAACCUCCCCUAUGUGACUGCUAUUGCUGUGGACUACCCAAGCGCUACAUCAUUGCCAUAAUGAGCGGUCUGGGCUUUUGCAUUUCUUUUGGAAUUAGGUGCAAUCUGGGUGUUGCCAUAGUGGAAAUGGUUAACAACAGCACCGUCUAUGUGAAUGGAAAACCAGAGCUUCAGAAAGCUCAGUUCAGCUGGGAUCCAGAGACAGUAGGACUUAUACAUGGCUCAUUUUUCUGGGGUUACAUUGUGACACAAAUUCCAGGAGGGUUUAUCUCAAACAAACUGGCUGCUAACAGGGUAUUUGGAGCAGCUAUUUUCCUAACAUCGACACUGAAUAUGUUCAUCCCGUCUGCUGCAAGAGUACAUUAUGGCUGUGUUAUGUUUGUAAGAAUUUUGCAAGGUCUCGUAGAGGGCGUGACCUAUCCAGCGUGCCAUGGGAUGUGGAGCAAAUGGGCUCCCCCACUGGAGAGAAGCAGGCUGGCAACCACCUCUUUCUGUGGUUCUUACGCUGGGGCAGUGGUUGCCAUGCCCUUGGCAGGGAUAUUGGUACAGUAUAUAGGAUGGCCAUCAGUCUUUUAUAUUUAUGGAAUGUUUGGAAUUUUUUGGUACAUGUUCUGGCUGUUUCAUGCCUAUGAGAGCCCUGCUGCACAUCCAACAAUAACCAGUGAAGAAAGGACAUACAUAGAAACAAGUAUAGGAGAAGGAGCCGGCCUAGUUAGUGCAAGUGCAAGUAAAUUUAGUACCCCGUGGAAGAAGUUUUUCACUUCAAUGCCAGUGUAUGCAAUCAUUGUGGCAAACUUUUGUAGAAGCUGGACCUUCUAUUUGCUGCUUAUAAGUCAGCCUGCUUACUUUGAAGAGGUCUUUGGCUUUGCAAUAAGUAAGGUUGGCCUUUUGUCUGCAGUUCCACAUAUGGUCAUGACAAUAAUUGUUCCCAUUGGUGGGCAAUUAGCUGACUUUUUACGAAGCAGAAAGGUUUUAACCACUACCACUGUAAGAAAAAUCAUGAAUUGUGGAGGUUUUGGCAUGGAAGCAACUUUGCUUUUGGUGGUUGGUUACUCUCAUACAAGGGGUGUGGCUAUUUCCUUCUUGGUGCUGGCAGUAGGAUUUAGUGGAUUUGCUAUUUCAGGAUUUAAUGUCAACCAUUUGGAUAUUGCACCCCGGUACGCCAGCAUUCUGAUGGGGAUCUCCAAUGGUGUGGGGACACUGUCGGGAAUGGUGUGCCCACUCAUUGUUGGUGCGAUGACUAAACACAAGACCCGAGAAGAGUGGCAAAAUGUCUUUCUGAUAGCAGCUCUCGUGCACUACAGUGGAGUGAUAUUCUAUGCUAUCUUUGCUUCUGGUGAGAAGCAAGAAUGGGCUGACCCUGAAAGCCUCAGCGAAGAGAAAUGUGGCAUAAUCGACCAAGAUGAACUGGCUGAAGAAACGGAACUGAACAGUGAUACUUUUGUUAGUCCAAAGAAAACGUAUGGUGCUACCAGUCAAAACAAUGAUGUGCGGAAAAAGGCAUGGAGAAAGCAAAAGGGAGUAACGCAGGACAUAGAAGAACAGACUUCCUACCAUUAUGAAAAUGGAAAUUUUCAAGAUAGGUCAUAAUAUCUGAAAAUGUGUGAUUCGUGUGGCAAGUGCCCCCAUCCCCUCCUGCCCAACUGCCUCCUAGUCAGAUAGUAUCCAUUUGUACUUGCUUAUUCAUUCAUGGAAAAUCCUGCCAAAUGGCUAGAUGUCAGAUGUAGUAAUUCUCUCCUUGUAGCACAGAAAAAGAGCUAAUAGAAAUAUAACUGGCAAACCUAAGUCUGACUUUCAAUCAGAUCUGUGCAGGGUGGACUGAGGGCUCCCUAUACAGCCCUAUUGACUUUAGCAGAGUUCCACAUUGGUGUAGUGGGUCUGUCUGCUUGGCUCUGAUUGUGAGAGCAGGGCCCUUCAAGUAAGGAAAAGGUCAUAAUAGGUUGUGGGAUUCAUGGUAAUUUAAUGACAUUCCCCCUACCACAAUGUGUGUUUACUAGGAAGCCCAUAGACACACAAGCCUGGCCAUGGUUGUGCAUGUAGGACAGGGGUUCUCAAACUGGAGGUCGUGACCUCUCAGGUGGUUGCGAGGUUAUUACAUGGGGGUUGCGAGCUGUCAGCCUCCCUCCCCCCCCAAGCCCCACUUUGCCUUCAGCAUUUAUAAUAGUGUUAAAUUAACACAUUUUUUACAUUUAUAAGGGGGGGUCACACUCAGAGGCUUGCUGUGUGAAAGGGGGGUCACCAGUACAAAAGUUAGGUCAAGUUUUAGGUUCCUGCUGAGAGAUGAGAGUGAAGGAAAUUUAAAAUUAUUAAAUUAAAAUAUGGUCACCGAACAGCAGGAGGGGAAUGUGUAACCAAGCUUGCUGAAACUAUUAUUCCAACAAUGCUUUCAUUCAAGGAGAGAAACUUUUUUCUUUAUACAUGAUGCACCCAGGUUGGAUAAAGCAAUAUAAUGGCUACUGUAGAGAUUAUUUCCCUCAACCUCCCCCGCCCCCGAUUUUGUGUUGGCAUGAAAAAGUAAUUUUGAAACAAAAAUAAUCUUCCCAUUCACCAUAGUCCCAUAAAGAUAAGAUUUUCACUCAGUUCAUUAUUGUAAAGCGCUUUAAAUAUAUUUUUCUAGGAUAAAAUUUGGGUAAAAUUAUAGGUCUCAGCCUAGCAGCCCUUGUUUACGUGAAUGAGAUCACUUAUGUGAGUAAAGUCUAUAGUUUUGGGCCUAUAACUCUUUCCUUUUACAUAUUGCUGCAGUCUCUCCAUUGCUGUGAAUGAGGUACAGUAUAUUUUUUGGGGGAAAAGGGUUUCUAUUUAGAGAAAUGACCUGAUUCUCAGAUAUUCUAAUUUUACUAUCUCUCUGCCAUCAGUAUAUGUUCGAUAUCAUAAAAUGGCUUUAGAUUUUUUCUACCAUCUUUGGAAGCUACCAAGAUUACAAUGGAGCGUGCUAUAUCAUCUUAAACCU